AUGGAAGACAACUACACUUCAGUAGUAGAGUCCUUGCCUGGUACACCAGCAUCGGCUAUCCCGUUGCUCACAGUCUCGCCUGCGGAUACGUCGUUGAAGGCGCCAGAAACCAAGGUGCAGGAGACGAAAACUGAAGAGAAGAAGCCACCCAAGAAACGGAAGUCAUGGGGACAGGAGCUACCAGUUCCAAAGACCAACUUGCCUCCAAGAAAACGAGCCAAGACAGAUGAUGAAAAGGAACAGCGCCGCAUCGAGCGCGUUCUUCGAAACCGUGCGGCGGCACAGACAUCUCGCGAGCGCAAGAGACUCGAAAUGGAGAAAUUGGAAAACGAGAAGAUCCAGAUGGAACAGCAAAAUCAAUUCCUCCUCCAGCGUCUAUCGCAGAUGGAGGCUGAGAACAAUCGGUUGAGUCAACAACUCGCCCAGUUAACUGCUGAGGUUCGAGGCUCUCGUAGCAGCACUCCCAAGCCAGGUUCUCCUGCCACAGCAUCCCCAACUCUCACACCUACCUUAUUCAAGCAAGAGGGUGAUGAACUUCCUCUUGAACGAAUUCCAUUUCCUACUCCCUCAAUCACCGAUUACUCGCCAACUCUACAGCCUUCCAGUCUGGCUGAGUCCUCCGACGUGACACAACAUCCUGCAGCGGUGUUGUGCGACCUGCAGUGUCAGUUGGCGGACUCGAAGGACCUGGAAGUGCCCUCCCCCUCUUUGACCUCGGCUCUGGCGUUGAACAUGACGCUGCAAGUGACGUUGCAGCUCCUCUUUCUGACGAUGACUUCCGCCGCCUAUUCAACGGUGAUUCAUCCACUGAGCCAGAUUCUUCGGUCAUUGAAGACGGGUUCUCCUUUGACAUUCUCGACACGGGAGAUCUAUCAGCAUUUCCAUUUGAUUCUAUGGUUAAUUUCGACUCCGAGCCUGUCCCCCUCGAAGGCAUCGAGCCGGCCCACGGUCUUCCGAAUGAGACUUCUUACCAGACUUCUAGCUUGCAACCCAGCCUUGGCGCGUCCACUUCGCGAUGCGACGGGCAGGGCAUUGCAGCUGGCUGUUAGUGAAAGUGUCUCUCGGGGAACCUGGUCCGCCGGUGAUGACGCGGGCCGACUGAACUGGGAGUCGUUGUUGACCAUCGCUUGGGCGAUAGAUCAUUUUGAGCGAACGAGAGGUCGAAGACAGAUUCUCUUUGGUGCGAAAUUGGAGCGAGGUGCGCGGCGUGAUACUUUGGUGUAUCUUUUCAAUCGAGAGCAACUGGCAACUGAGAUGCUGGUCGUUUUGCUGUUCCUCAAAAUGAUCCUCUUUCAUGUCCUACUUGAUUUCUGGAGGUCGAAUUUUUGGGAGGAUUCUCGUAGAUUGUCACCUACUUCGGAGAUUGGGAUGACGUUGCCACGCAGCUUUGACAGUCGUAUCAACGAUAUCCCCACCUAUCCUAAUCGAGAACUUGGAAUCACGGCUGCAUUGUUGCCUCCCGCUUUGCCGCCUCCAACGAAUCUGUCUAUUCAGCUUCGAUUUGUCACUUCGCAUUCUGGAUACUUGAUAGCGAUUUCAUCUCUCCUGAUUUUAACAAUUUUGUUCUGUACUUGGAUCUCAGCCAAAAUGGUUCGGAAGGAUCCUAUCUUCGAAGCCCGCACCAAUGUCAAGGAAACAGAAAAAAAAUAUCUGACGAAUUUUCCCCAUUUACAGUUGCACUCGAAUCGGCUUAAGAAGGAAGCUGCUCGCGCUGAAGCAACAUUCAAGUCAGAAAAGGCAAAGGCCGACAAGGCUAUGAAGAAUCGCGAGUUUCAAAUUGCCCGCAUCCACGCUGCCUCUGCCGUACGAGAGAAACGAAGACAAGUAGCCCUCAGAGCCGAGGCUGCGCGGGCAGACGUCAUAAUAAAUGAACUUAAAGCCGCCCAGAGUACUCGCGAUACAUCCCGAACACUUGCUCUGGCCUCAAGAGGCUUGGAUGCGGCGUCGAAGAGUGUCAAUCUUGAAAACCUGGUGUCUCAUGCAAAUAACUUCUUAGCGCGAUCGGAAGAUUUCAAAAUCGCUAGUAGUGCGAUAGAGGAUGUCGCUCAAGGUGUCUCUAUGCAAGAGUAUGGUGCCGAGGGCGAGACCGAAGUUGAUCGUCUCAUGGAACAGCUUGCAGACGACGCGGGUGUGGACAUGCGCUUAGCCUUGGAUGCUGAUACAGCUCCCAAGGAAGACGUCAAAGAGCAGAAGCAAGCCGAUUCGGAGCUUGAGGACGGGUUGGGAGCGAGGCUACGUGCUCUCAGAGCUGCAAGCUGA